CCAGACUGACUGCUGUGGGACAUUCAAGAUUGACAAUGAGCAGGAACUUCUUGUCCAAAAAUGAUGAGCUCCGCAGAGGAGACUUCCUGGUGUCCAACAACAAGGAAUAUAAGGCCAUUUUUCAGGAUGACGGUAAUUUUGUCAUCUACGCAUGGAGGCCUGUGUGGGCUUCAGACACCUAUGGAUCAGACGCUGUGCGCCUGUGCAUGCAGGGUGACUGCAACCUGGUCAUGUACAACAAGAGUGACACACCUAGGUGGCACACAAACUCUGCCAGAGACAGCUGCAACAUGUGCCGCCUUCAACUGACCGAUGAUGGCAAACUGGUGGUUAACAGAGAGUGUGAAGAAAUCUGGAGCUCUGCAACCUCCAAAGGCAUGAAGUGAUGCUUGUGUAUUGCGGUGAGGUUAUUAAAGCAUAUAAAAGAUUUUCCAUUUUCUUUCUAGUUAGCUUUGAUGAGGCUAUGCACCUCAACUUCUGGAUGUACAUUUUCUUUUUACACUACAGCUUCCAUGCUGCUGUAUAACACAAAGGAUUGUUAACAAGUGGCAAGCAUAACAAAAAUAAAGAUUUUUAAUGCCUCUCAGCGUGGAACAAGUAUCAAAAUCUUUGGCCAAUGUUGAGUUUCUCUUUUACCCUCUUUUGUUCUGUGUGCAAAUUUGUAUUUAAUUAAGGUAGCAGUGCUUUGGCAGGUUUAUAUUUCUGUCACUAAACAGAUUUUUUCAAGUCAAUAUUGCUGCAAAGGUGCAGGAUACAGUCACUAAACUUUAAAGGUGUGCAGCUGAGAUCCAAAUUAACACAGAGGUUAUAGAUGAGUGAUCUGGGCCAUUAGACACCUUUCACCAAUUUCUCAUUCUUUUUAAUUAUUAAUGUAUUUCUGAUUCCCUUGAUGAAGUAUUUUCAUGUGGUGUAGAUAUAAAAAGAUAUUUUUAUUCA